ACUUUUGGCGAAGGAGGAUUCAAUCACAAAAGUCAAGGACAUGGCUCUGUUCAACAAGAUCCUUAACAUCUUUCUUCCUAUGAUCACGGUUUCAUUUCUUUUAGUGUUUAUGCCAGUUUCAAUAUUCUUCAAGCUCCUCAGCUUCAUAAGAAGAUACAAAGAGUCCGAGAAAGUCAAUGGAAAAGUCGUCAUCAUUACCGGAUCUUCCUCAGGAAUUGGUGAGCACCUCGCGUAUGAGUACGCGCGUAGAGGAGCAUACUUGACAUUGGUAGCUCGGAGAGAGGACCGUCUGCGGGUGGUGGCUGACAGGUGCCGCAGGCUUGGUUCACCGGACGUUGCCGUGGUUCGUGGUGAUGUCUCAGUCAUUGAAGACUGUAAACAUUUCGUUCAAGAAACCAUCGCUCGGUUUGGAAGACUGGAUCACCUGGUGAACAAUGCGGGAAUUAUGGAGGCCAAAAUGUUCGAGGACUAUUCAGAAAUUUCGGAUGUUCUUCCCAUUGUGAAUACUAACUUUUGGGGACCGGUCUAUGCGACGCAUUUUGCUAUACCGCAUCUCAAGAAAACCAAAGGAAAGAUCAUAGCGGUUGCAUCGCCUGCUGGAUGGGGUGGAGUGCCAAGGAUGAGCAUAUAUGCUGCAAGCAAAGCAGCUAUGAUAAACUUUUACGAGACUCUUAGGAUUGAGCUUCAUCCACAAAUUGGUGUGACGAUCGUGUUUCCGGGUCUAAUCGAUAACGGAAAUGCCAACCCGGACCUUUUGACUGAGAAACAAGACUGGUCGCAAGUUGUGGCCAUCGAGUCAGCAGCGGAAUGCGCCAAAGCCGUUAUUAAUGGAAUCUGCCGAGGGAAAACCUUUGUAGCAGAGCCGUCGUGGGUUCGUGUCCUAUUCUGGCUUAGUGCUAUCUGCCCUGAGCUUUUGAUCUCUAAGCCUAAAAGGAAUUGACCAGUUGUAUUGUUUUCAUGUGAUUGCAGAACAAUAAAAUAAAACUCAAGACAUUUGGUUCGGACAAUACAUAUCUAGAAGAGAAUUGACUUGUUCUACAAGCAUGUUUUGUAUUAGGCAACUUACUUAUUCUUGAAGACACAGAUAAGUGUUAAUAUACAUAGUCAAAAGUACUACCAUUCACAAAAACAAACCUACAUGUUUGAUUAUUAUUACUGAUUGCACAUAUUCUAAGAUACGUACUUCUCAUCUAUUUAUUAUGUAAUCAACCUCACUCUACUCCGACUUGAUUUCCGGCGGCCUCCUUAUAGAUUCCGGGUACAGAGCACUACGCACACCAGGAAUGUCCAUGAUCCUCUUGUUGAGAGCAUUUUCCUCGGACAUACUACUUCCAGUCAUAUACAAUAACCGACAAC